AUGCGCGCGGGGCUUCGGCAUCUGGGAUUGUCCUGGGGGGCUGUUUAUGGGGCCAAAGGAGAGACACCGCAGGGUGCCAGGGUGGGCCCAGUAGGGUGGUCCGGACCCGGCUCAUCCUUCCUCUCCCCCAUCCUGCAGGCCCAGGGCUCCAGCCAGUGCCCAGCCCCGCUGGGAGCCCCGGCCAGCACCACGGACGGCACCCAGGAAGCCCGAGUUCCCCUGGACGGGGCCUUCUGGAUCCCGAGGCCCCCGGCGGGUUCGCCCAAGGGCUGCUUCGCCUGCGUGUCCAAGCCCCCCGCCCUGCAGGCUCCAGUGGCCCCCGGGCCUGAGCCCUCAGCCUCACCCCCCAUGGCACCCACCCUGUUUCCCAUGGAGUCUAAGAGCAGCAGGACAGACAGCGUGCGGGCCACCAGCGCCCCCCAGGCCUGCAAGCACCUAGCAGAGAAGAAGACCAUGACGAACCCCACGGCGGUCAUCGAGGUCUAUCCCGACACCGCGGAGGUGAACGACUACUACCUGUGGUCCAUCUUCAACUUCGUCUACCUCAAUUUCUGCUGCCUGGGUUUCAUCGCCCUGGCCUACUCCCUCAAAGUUCGGGACAAGAAACUUCUCAACGACCUGAACGGGGCAGUGGAGGACGCCAAGACCGCUCGGCUGUUCAACAUCACCAGCUCUGCCCUGGCGGCCUCCUGCAUCAUCCUUGUCUUCAUCUUCCUGCGGUACCCGCUCACCGACUACUGAGGCCCCGACAGGCACCGCCAGCCUGGAGAUGAAGCUCUGAGAUGGGUUCAUUUCGUGGCUGAGGAAAGCCGGAUGCCCUGCGGCGGGGGCGGAGCCGGAGCCCCCCUGCAGCUGGGAACCCGGCAGCGAGGCACCGGGACAGUGAGUUCCGUGCCAGCCCACCCUCUCUGCCUCCCGGCCCUCCUCCUGUUUCGGGGGGGCCCGUGGGUUUCUUCCUGUGCUGCUGCACCUUGGCUUCCAGUGGCUGCCCUCCCUGCCUGCCUGUGCCCCCGUCCAGGCUCCUGGGGCCCCUCAGACCUGACACCCAGCAAGAAGGGCUUUUGUGGGAGCUUCCCAGGAUCAGGUGGCUGCCAGCACCUGGGGACUGACUCUCUCCUCCCUGACGCCACCUCCUCCAAGCCGUGACCCUGCUCAGAGCUCUUGUAUCUGUGAACUUCCAAUAAAAUACCUGCCCAGCUCUG